GCUGGUUAGACCUUAAAACUGGUUUGCCUACCCCAUUUUUUCAUACAGCUAAACAUAUAAGUGAGUGCUACAUAUGACAAUACAGAGACAUUUGUAACGCCAUUAGGGAUAACAGCAACAUCUUCCUGAAUUAAUUUCUUCAAGGCACAAAGUUAAGAAACAUGGUGUCUACGGGACGUCAAAUCUUGGGCAUCUGCCUGGCUACGCUCGGCUUCUUGGGAACCAUCAUUGUCUGUGGCUUGCCCAACUGGAAGGUGACGGCAUUCAUUGGACCCAACAUUGUGACCGCACAUAAAUUUAUGAAAUGUUUAUUAAAGAACACUGUACAUAAGCAUACAAAAAACAAACAUCUUAAAGUCUAUGACUCUCUGCUGGCUCUUCCUCAAGAUCUGCAGGGUGCCAGAGCAUUGGUGAUCAUCGCCAUCAUCGCUGGGGUGUUUGGAAUCAUCCUGAGCAUCGUAGGAGGAAAGUGCACCAACUUUGUGGAUGAUGAGGUGUCUAAAGCGAAGGUUGCUAUUGCCAGCGGCGUCAUCUUCAUCAUCGCUGGACUUCUCGUCCUCAUCCCUGUCUGCUGGACUGCGAAUACCAUAAUCAGGGACUUCUACAACCCUUUGUUGUUGGACAGCCAGAGGAGGGAACUGGGGGAAUCGCUUUACAUUGGCUGGGCUUCUGCAGGUUUGCUUUUCGUGGGUGGAGGACUCCUCUGCAGCUCGUGCCCACCACGUGAGGAUGAUCACCAUAAUGUGAUGUAUUCAAAAGCUAGGUCUGUGGACAGCAGCAAAGCUUAUGUAUAAAAAGAAGGAUUGAUUAAACAAAUGAUAGUAAACUGAAGUUUACACAACAGUUAGAAAUUAAGAUGAAAAUCAUUUCUUCAAAUGAAUGAUGUUAGAAAAAAUAAAAAUAAUAAAAAAAGGGUAUUGAAAUGUGCAUUGCCCCGAAAUAUAAAUGCAUUAUACAUGUUGAAAAUGUUUUCAUUGUAUAUGAAUUGAAGAAAUGUGCAAAUCAAAGUAUGUAUUUUGAAAGGGCUACUUAUAUGUUCAUUAGUAGAGGGAAUUUUGUCGCUUCCAUCACCGUUGUGUACUUGAGACACUCCUUGUCCCAGGAGUUUUGUCUCAUCACAAAACAUAGUGUUGAGUUUGACAACAAAUGGCACUUUUAUUUUCUCUUUCAUUUGACGUAAUUGCUCACAUUAUAUAAACCAGUAUUCAAAAGUUUGGGGUUGGUAUGUUUUUUUAAAGAAGUCUCUUAUGUUCACCAAGACUGCAUUUAUUUGAUCAAAAAUACAGUAAAAACUGUAAUAUUGUGAAAUAUUGCUUACAUUUCAUAUGCUUGUUUUCUAUUUUGAUAUUUCUUUAGCAAUGCAGAAAAUAAAAUUAAUGAUUCUUUCAUUAAAGAAAAUUUAAUAAGAACAGGAAUAGAAACUUUUUUUUUAACAAUGUCUUCACUUUUGAUCGAUUGUUGCUGACUAAAAGUAUUAACUUCUUUAAAAAAAUUACUGACCCCCAAUUUUUUUUAACAGUACUGUAAUAAUACAUGUUUUUCAUUGAAUUAUUCUAUAUUAAAAUUGUAUGCCAGUCCUUGAUAGCAUAUGCUUGUUGCUAAGUUGAAAAAUCUUGCAUUAAACUAUGUGAUUCUCAUAGAGUUAUUUACAUAGUCUCACCUCAUUGGUAGCCAUUAUUCAUGACAUGUAGCAAUGUGUACUUAA